UAGGAGGGAAAUCAUGAAUGGAUCACAAAGAGCUUUGUGGCCGGUAGCCCACACUGGCCAGUGGCCACUGCUUCGCCGCCGGCCGCCGGCGAGACGGCGAGAGAAUGCCUCCCUUCCCCGCCUCCCUCAUCUUCCCCUCUCCCGCCAUGGGAGCACCUCCGCCGCCGGCAAGACCCGGGCGCCGCUCCCGCUCCCGCGCCGUGGCCCGCGGCCCAGGCCCACCCCUCCCCAGCAAGAACCGCAUCAUCCCCGGGCGGCCCUCCCGCCUGUGGCUGGACCGGUGCCUCCGCGCGCUCUUCGUCGCCGCGCUCGCGCUCUCUCUGUCGCUGUCUCCUCCGCCGCCGUCGCUCCUCCUCCCUGCUGCCCCUGCCCGUGCUGCCUCCUCCCCCGUCGGCGAGCGUCGUCGGAAUCCGGAAGCGCCGCCGUACCCCUGCGAAGAUGUAGGGAGGUAUUACGCGGGCCUAGACGGCCUCGCCGGCGACGAGCUCAUGGCGAAGCUCCGCGCCGUCGUUUCGCCUCACGCCGCGCUGCGUUAUAAGGAUGUGUGGGAGGCACUCAAGAUUCUUGAUGCAGCUGAUGCACCCAAACCAGAGGCGUCCCUUGACGUGAUUGAGAUAUACUCGCAGAGAGCUGUGCCGAAGAACUUGGCAGGCAAGCCGGACGGAUGGAACAGAGAACACCUAUGGCCUCGAUCAUAUGGCUUAACAUAUGGGCCUUCGCUGACUGAUCUGCACAAUAUUCGCCCUGCAGAUGUCAAUGUAAACUCAUCAAGGGGAAACAAGUAUUAUGGACAUUGUGCUGCCACAUCAGUAAGAUGUAUGAGACCUGCAAAUCAUGAAGCUGCACCUGACACAGAGACAGAUAGUGAAAGAUGGGCACCUCCUUUAAAGGUGCGUGGAGAUGUAUCUAGGGCCCUGAUGUACAUGGCAGUAAGCUAUGGAUCUGACCAGAAAGAUGGAGCACCACAUUUGGAACUUUCUGAUUCACCAAGUAUUCAAAGCAGAAAAAUGGGUCUCCUAUCAGCUCUCCUAAAGUGGAAUGAACUUGAUCCGCCAUCAAGGUCAGAGCAGCUUAGGAACAAUCGAGUUUGCAGCCUGUACCAGCAUAAUCGAAACCCUUUCGUUGACCAUCCAGAAUAUGCAAAUCUUAUAUGGGGGAAUUCCCUUGGUGAGAGUUCAAGUUCGGUCAGAACAUUUCCAGAGGCUUGGGUAAAUGAGUUCCACUAUGAAAACAAAGGCAAAGAUGAGAAUGAGUUUGUUGAGUUAGCGGUACGCACGUCAUUAGAUGCAAAAGAUCUUACGCUCAUACUGUAUAAUGGAGCAAACGGGCGAAUGUACAAUUCUCUGAAUCUAGAUGACAAGGAUGGCUUCAGUGUUGCUGAAAGCAGUUCUAGUUCUAGUUAUUUGAUCUACACAGCAUUCAUCACUCUCCAAAAUGGACCUGCUGAUGGCAUAGCUCUUGUCUAUAAAAAUGGAAACAGAAAAGAAGUCUUGGAUUUUCUCUCCUAUGAAGGUAGUAUGAGAGCACUGGAUGGACCAGCCAAGGGCAUGGUCUCUGUAGACAUGAUGCUCAAGGAGACAGACGAGUCAUCUCAACAAGAUUCGUUGGGACUUACCGGGAACAAGAUUGGCGACUUUGCAUGGAGAAAGCUAGAAGGUUAUGCAACCCCUGGAAAGUUGAAUGUCGGGCAGAUGUUUUAGAGCCAUCUUGUUUGGCCCAAGUUCAUGUUCAUUGGUGUUAAGUUUUUGUGUGCUUUAUAGAGUAUCCACUACCAUUGCUACAUUAUGUGAUUUAAUUAGUAUAUAUUUUUGAGAUACAGGUGCAAAUUUGUGCAUUUCAGGUAAGUGACUUUCGUGCUAAUUCUAUGGGGCGUCUAUUUGUCAA